UAUAAGCCCUAAUCAAGCAAAAUGGAGCGAGUAGUGGCGGCCCAGCACGCUGCAUUUGGAUCUUUCGAUGGCCUGCGAAGAGCUCCGCCGCGAUCGCGCAGCUGCGCUCCAAAUGCCGGCGGGAAUCGGGCGCGCUGCGCGCCGAUCAGCUGCGUCGCCGAUACGAAGCACGCCACCAAAGUCCAAAGGAAUGCGAACUUGGCCAAGCUUCAAGCUGGAUACCUGUUUCCCGAGAUUGCGAGAAGGCGCGCCGCGCAUCUCCAGAAAAAUCCAGAUGCCAAAGUUAUCAGCUUGGGCAUCGGAGACACGACAGAGCCAAUACCAGAAGUUAUAACAACAGCCAUGGCCAAGCGAGCUCAUGGGUUGGCCACACGGGAAGGCUACAGUGGAUAUGGAGCUGAGCAAGGUGAAAAGGAGCUUCGUGUCACUCUUGCCAAAACUUUCUAUGGAGAAGUUGGCAUCAGCGAGACCGAGGUCUUUGUGUCCGAUGGAGCCAAGUGUGACAUUGCUCGUCUUCAGCUUACGUUUGGCUCGAGCGUCUCAAUGGCAGUGCAAGAUCCAUCCUAUCCGGCUUAUGUCGACACAAGCGUGAUAAUCGGGCAAACCAGCACUUUCCAGAAGGACGUUCAGCAGUAUGGAAACAUCGUCUACAUGAAAUGCAGCCCGGAGAACAACUUCUUCCCGGACUUAUCAACCCUGCCUCGCACAGACAUCAUAUUUUUCUGCUCUCCAAACAACCCGACUGGCUCGUCCGCCACUCGUGAGCAACUCGAGCAACUGGUCGCGUUUGCAAAGAAAAACGGCUCGAUUAUCAUCUACGACUCGGCUUAUGCGAUGUACAUCUCGGACGACUGUCCCAAGACCAUCUACGAGAUUCCAGGAGCUAAAGAGGUGGCCAUAGAGACUGGAUCAUUCUCCAAAUACGCAGGGUUCACUGGCGUUCGCCUUGGCUGGACAAUCGUUCCCGAUCAGCUGCUCUAUGCCGAUGGAUUUCCAGUAAGAAACGACUUUAACCGUGUUAUGGGCACUUGCUUCAAUGGAGCUUCCAACAUCGCUCAAGCAGGAGGCCUGGCUUGUCUAUCACCAGAGGGUCUCAAGGCAAUGCACGACGUUGUUGGCUUCUACAAAGACAACACGAGAAUCCUGGUUGACACUUUCAAGUCUCUCGGAUUCAAAACUUAUGGAGGCACGAACGCUCCAUAUGUCUGGGUGCAAUUCCCCGGCCGAAGCUCCUGGGAUGUUUUCUCGGAAAUCCUGGAGAAGAUCGACAUCGUCACGACUCCAGGUAGCGGCUUUGGUCCCACAGGCGAUGGUUUCGUUCGAGCCAGCGCGUUUGGCAGCAGAGAAAACAUCCUCGAAGCAUCACGCCGGCUUAAGUCGCUCUACAGUUGAAAGCUUUUCACGGAGAAAAUGAGAAGAGCAAGAUCAAAACAAGAACAAAGAACUCCUCCAAGAACUCCAAGUCAGACAAAGCAACGAUUUUUUUUCCUGGGAAUUUUCCACCGAGAGAGCGAUUUGAUGUUUCGGGCAGUAUUAAAUCGUUCUUCUCGUGCCACACCCAUCGCAGCUUUUGCGAAAAGUCUAUCUUUUUGGCACGAGGAAUCUCCCCAGUGUAAGAUCUUGCUAGUGUAACCAACACCACCAUUAAAAAUCUUUGUUGACGAUGA